GCGUUGUCCAAUAAUUAACUGCAGAACUGAUAAGGCAGGAAGAGGAGAGAGAAAGAAAGAGAAAGGGGGAGAAAAAGAGAGAAGGAAAGAAGGACACAUGACACAGAGAAAUGAACUCAGCAAAGAAAAAGGACGUUGACUCAGCAGUUGCAGCUUGAGGGAAAAAGAGGAAGAGGAAAGCUCUGACAGUGUACUAGUGUGCGCAGAGUUUCUCAUUUUGUUUCUCUCCAGCAGUGGUUAAAUGUACUCCAUGGAGGACACACAGGUGGCCAGGACCAUAGAGCUGAAUGAUGGCACUCGAAUGCCAGCUUUGGGUCUGGGGACAUGGAAGUCUUCCUUUUUCCCCCGCACCUCAAUCCAGGGUGCAGUAGAGACUGCCAUUGCAGCUGGAUACCGCCACAUAGACACCGCGUACAGCUACAAAAAUGAAGUUGAUAUUGGCAAGGCUCUGCAAUCCAAGAUGCAGCAAGGCAUCAUCAGGCGCCAGGACAUGUUCAUCGUCAGUAAGCUGUGGUGUACCUAUCAUGCCCCAGAAGACAUCCCUGUGUGCCUGAAUAAGUCCCUGAAUGAUCUCCAGCUGGACUACCUGGAUCUUUACCUUGUGCAUUUCCCUGUUGGCCUAAAGAAAGUGGAUGAUGAGCUUUUCCCAAAGAAGGAUGGAAAGAUGCUGACCUCUGACGUUGACUAUAUAGACGUAUGGAGGGGGAUGGAAACUCUGCAAGCCUCAGGGAAGGUGAAGAGCAUUGGGGUGUCCAACUUCAACAUCCUGCAGCUGGAGAGACUUCUUGCUCUGUGCAGGGUGCCUCCCGCUGUCAAUCAGGUGGAGCUACAUCCCUACCUGGUGCAGACAGAGCUGGUAGAAUUCUGUAAAUCUAAAAACAUUGCCCUGACUGCCUACAGCCCCUUUGGCUCACCUGCGAGAUCCCCAAAGCUAAUAAGAGAAGACGCGGAUCCACAUAAGCUCCUGGAGGACCCAGUAGUUGCAGAGAUAGCCAAGAAGCACAGACACAGCCCUGCACAGGUAUUGCUGAGGUACCACGUGCAGCAGGGUGUUGCAGUCAUCCCUAAGAGUGACAAGCCUCAUCACAUCCUUGAAAACACAAAGGUCUUUGAGUUCAGUCUGACAGACGAAGACAUGCGAGCACUGAGAGGACUGGACCGAGGAUGGAAAGCCUGCAUGCUCGAAGAGGUCAAGUCUCAUCCGUAUUAUCCCUUUGUAUGAGGAGAGGAAAGACAGCAGACUGGAUCCACUGAUACCACGAGCAUCAACUGGGCGAGCUACAUGCAGUCUACCUACAGUAAUUCAUCACUGACUUGUUUACCGAAUAAUGAAGGAAUGUGAAGGUGAAUCUGAAGAGUGAAAAUAUGAAUGUGUAAUGAAUAUCAGGGUGUUGAUAAGCUCUUUUCUAUUGUGCUGAAAACUGUGAUGCUUACUUUUCUAAUAUUUCCUGUUAUGAAUAAAAUACUGUAUGUUUGUGUUCACAUAAUCACACUCUAAUUUCAUUCCAUACACUCUCUGAAUAAGUGUGAUGUGCGAAGGAGGGCAUUUCUGGAUGGACCUUGAAAAUGAGUGGAGUUUUGUACUCUAGAGGCGGUGGUGACAAUAUCUCUGUUAGACAAUGUCAGUUCUAAUGCUUUUAGUCCUGCAAGGCAGCCUGACCUUGGAGCUGGAAUGAGGAUUCUCAGGGACAUCACUGAUUAUUCUGGGCUUGUGGCCCACCACGGUGGUCACCUGACCCAAUAUCUGACAGUGGAACAGCAACAAAUGCGUCUGUCAGGCAUCCAGCAUGUUAAUCAACUGUAGUUCUUGUACGGAGAUUCUUAUGCACAUACGCAGUUUACGACAGUGGCAGAUUUAGCAGCUGAUGAACCGGACAAAAGCAGCUUAUUUAUCUAGUUGCUGACUGUUGUUGUGCUGGCUGUAAUGACAGCUGUUGGAGGCAGAUUUUUAUCAACUGUAUCUAGCUGGCUAAUUAAGCUAAUGUUAGCGCCAUAAGUUGGUUAAAAAAGCUGUCUCUGGUUGACUUUUUCAUGCCUUCAGCUGACUCAAAUCUUAAAAUAUGUGUCUGCUCAUUUCAUGCGAGAUAUCGUGCCAAAAGGCUGUGGUUAAAGCUGCACAUCCCUGGCAAAAAGUCAGCACCCUCACCAUAUGAUCUAUGUAGAGGACGUGGAAAAAAUCAUUGAUCAAACUUUGAAACAUCACAAUCAAACAAGGGUUGGAAAUAUUAAAUAUUUAAUAAGAUUUAACACAAACAGACACUUGUCUGCUAGUUAACAACUGGUUAACUGUGGUAACAGAGUCGUUGCUACAUGCCAUGCUGUCAUGUUAUGUGUAGCCUACAUUCCAAAAUAAAGA